CUGGAACUAGGAUUGGGCAGCGACAGCGACCAAAAAGGGAUCGAUCGGAUGCGCAGUGGUCAGCGGGUCAGGAGCCUGUCGUGGUCUCGCCGCACCGGGGACCUCAUCUAGGCUUGCAGCUGGUGAAUCAGCCAGAGAAGUAUCACCACGGCUGUGCUCCUGCGAACGCGGAGGCUGCCUCUGCUGCGACUCGGGAUGUGCUGUCGUCUCAUUAUGACAGUGUGUAUGCGAAUCUGAUGUAUGUGGACAUGACGCAGCGAGAAUGGCUGCGCCAGGAGCAUGCUGCCUUACGAAUACGAACGAUAGUCACAGCGACGCCACGAGGAGAAGGGGAUGAAAAUGCGAGCAUGCAACCACAGAGUGGCAACUUUAGCUCGAGCCCAGAUUACGUCGAUGCACCGGAGGAAAACCGCGAACGAGAACAUCAAUGUUCUUCGAGAGCCGUGGCAGAACUUCAGGCAUCCACUGAAGAUUCCACGACGAGGCGAAUGGGUGACACACGGGAUCAAGAAGGCUACGCUGUUCGACCCUCUGCAGACCGACACUCGAGUGCUGAUCCAGCAGGAAUGACCAGGCCUCUUACCGCUGCGCACACAGAGCGAUCAGGCAAUGGGCUGUCGUCCGAGUCGUAUCGCCCGCUCGCGCCUCUACUCCUGAACUGUGACGACAUCGUUGUGCAACGCGCAAACUUGGCUGCGUCGCGCCGCAGCUUCACCUCUCUCCCGGUCGUCGAGAGCACCACUAAGCAACUGCUGAGAAGCGGCGGCGCGGUCGUCCCGGUGCAGCGCACGUCGCAGUUGGGCGAACGCAGCGCCGCUCUGCGUCCGCGAACUGUGGUGUCGCAGCAAACACUUUACAAACAACGGGGGUGGAGUCCAUUCGAUGAUCGCACGUGGGACAAACAGAGACUGAAGCGCAGUGUCCGUGACCAGAAGGAGGCGUUGCACUACGGUGCUUCCUUGCAUCGGGAUACUUGCGCACGAAGUGUGACGCAGAGCUACCGCGUCCUACCCGACAAGUCGAGCAGGGUCGUGGACGAACCAAAGACCAU